AUGACCAAUGACAUGAAGAACAAAGUUGCGGCCUUCUCCUCCUCCGCAGCCAAGGAAGGCCUGCUUGAUCUCCAGGAGGUCGAGACGGUUCUCAGCGAAGUCAAGGCCGACGACGUCAAGGUCAUACCGGCGAACAAGCACUGCAAGUGGGCCGAUUUCAUGGUCCUCGCCACCGGAAGGUCCACCUGGCACGGCAAGAACAUCGCCCAAGCCCUGAUUUACAAGUCUAAGAAAAAGCAGAAAGGAGCUCAGCGCGUGGUGCUUCCCACUGUUGAAGGGCAAGAGGGAGGCAAGUGGAUUGUCAUUGACUCUGGGAAAGUGAUAGUUCAUGCUCUUGAUGAGAAUGCUAAAGCUUACUACAAUCUGGAGACUCUUUGGACAACAAAGCUGUCUGAGAAAGAACCAAUUCAGGAAGCAGAUCUUGAGGAUUUAAGAGAAGGUCAGAAACAGAUGAUGGCAUUGUUCCAUGAGUAA